CUCCCAAACAUCUAAUGACUGGCCGAGUGGUUCUACUUCUAUUCCUCAUUUUUCUCUGCAGAUAACAGGACUUAAAGAACUUCCUCUAAUUGUCUCAGGCUGUGGGACUAACCAAAACGCCUGAGAUUGAUUUGAGCAGUAGUUGCGUUUUGGUUGCUUGUAGGGGUCCAAAAGGAGCUCAAUCUGAUCCAGAAAAGAAGCUAUCUGAUAUUUGUAUUUUCAAUUGAAAUUUUCAGCUGCUGCACAAUCUUUGGCUUUUGGCUAACUGCGAGAGAUGGAUUCCUCAACGCUGCUAUUUAACCAGCUCAAGGCAGCGGAACCAUUUUUCUUAUUAGCGGGCCCCAACGUGAUUGAAUCUGAGGAACACAUUCUCAGAAUGGCCAACCAUCUCAAGACUAUUACAUCCAAACUUGGGUUGCCAUUGGUUUUUAAGUCAAGCUUUGACAAAGCUAACAGAACAUCCUCAAAGUCAUUCCGAGGUCCAGGCAUGAACGAAGGCUUGAAGAUUCUUGAGAAGGUUAAAAUAGCUUAUCAAAUUCCUACUAUUACCGAUGUGCAUGAAGCUAUUCAGUGUGAACCAGUUGGAAGAGUAGCAGAUAUCAUACAGAUUCCUGCAUUUUUAUGUCGUCAGACAGAUCUUCUAGUUGCAGCUGCCAAGACUGGGAAAAUUAUCAAUAUUAAAAAAGGCCAGUUCUGUGCUCCUUCUGUCAUGAUAAAUUCUGCUGAGAAAGUUAGAUUGGCUGGAAAUUCAAAUGUGAUGGUUUGUGAACGAGGGACUAUGUUUGGCUAUAAUGAUUUGAUUGUUGAUUCACGUAAUUUUGAGUGGAUGAGAGAAGCUGCUUGUCCUGUUGUAGCUGAUGUGACGCAUUCGCUACAACAGCCUGCUGGGAGAAAGUUGGAUGGUGGAGGUGUUGCUAGUGGAGGUCUCCGUGAAUUAAUACCAUGCAUUGCAAGGGCAGCAGUUGCUGUUGGAGUGGAUGGAAUUUUCAUGGAGGUGCAUGAUGAUCCUUUGAAAGCCCCUGUGGAUGGUCCAACACAAUGGCCUCUACGGCAUUUGGAGGAACUGCUAGAAGAGCUCAUGGCAAUAGCUAGGGCAAGUAGGGGGAAGAGACGUAUGAAGAUUGAUCUCACACCCUUUCAUGAUUAGAAAAGCUUGAAGGCCUCUCUCAAGGACUAAGCAAGAAAUAAUUAUUCGAUUUUGAUUGUCUAUUAAAUUCAGCUAUGCUUUACUACAAGAUGACUACUAGCUUGGCAUGUAUUUAUUAGCGGCUGCUUUCAAGUUCUUGAUAUGCAUGCGUUAAGCAUGAUUUAUUGUCUUUCUAUGUUAGCUACUUGAUCAUAUUGUUCAACAAAUUAUUUGUUAUUGUGGUUUUAAUAUUUUGUAUUUAGUUAAUCACUAUAAAUGUGGAUGUUAAUGCUAUAAAUUACAAUAAUAUUUGUAAAUGAUUUUAUUUUGAAA